AUGAAGCCUAGGCCACUCUUGAGGAUUAGCUACAGCUUGCAUCAGUACGACAGUACCUUCGAAUCACUCUUGAAGAGUACCUUUCACACUCAAAAUUAUCGAAACUUCAGAGCUAGGGCAGUUGCCUCCUCCACCUCAAGACUAGAUCAUAAUCCCAAAUACGCUUUAGAGCCAUACAAUUUCACACCCCCCUUUAUCAUCCCGCAAUACCCAUCCUAUUUCACAAACCUCGUCAACAUACUCGGCGUGGAGGAUUCCAGUGGAUAUUGUGAGGUGCCUGACUAA